AUGAUCGUUAGCACGUUUGAAUUGUUACCUGUGGAUAUUAUUUUCGAAGUAUUUGAUUACUUGCCUCCUGUUGAUAUUCUUCAAUCGUUUUUAUCAUUGAAUAAACGUUUCUCUAGAAUCAUUAUGAAUGAAUAUUUAUGGCACAUUCACAUUGGUAAUUCAACAAUGUCAUUAUCGAUGUUCAAUGAUCUUUGCCAAAAUGCUCUGAAAGUAGUAGGAAGUCGGCUGGUUUCAUUACGCGUAACAUUAACUAAUGCUAUUGGUGGAUGGUCACUUGUUUCAUCAUCUCUGAAAUAUCAUCAAACAACAUUACUUCAACGUCUUCAUCUGAUCGAUAUCGAGCCGCAUGAGUUUGAUAACUUAUUGCGUAGUCCUGUAAUAAAACGAUUGCAUACUUUAUUAGUAGAUGUAACACAACAUAAUCCGUUUAAUCGUCUUGAAGUUGAAGGAGUUUAUUUAACAAAGGUGUGUUCACAACUAUCUCUUCUAACAAAUUGUCGACUUUCAUUUAAUGUUUAUCAUAAAAAUCGAUUUCUAUUGGACAAAUAUUCAGAGAUACCAAAAAUAAUUUUACCAAAUUUAUUAAAUACAACUCAUCUUCGUACAUUAUCUCUUGGUAUCAAUACAACACGCUUUCUCAAACGUUUAAUAUCGUGUAUACCGUUUAUUGAAAAUCUUUCUAUUGGUGUGGAAGAUGUAAAAAUGACCGAGAACGAUACUUUUGACAUGAACUCACUACCUGCCGCUGUCGAUGCUAGUCUUCUUUUGUAUUUAUCACGUUUACAUAUAUAUUGUGAAAAUAGCAUUAGUUUUCGUCGAAUUAUUGCACUUUUGUCAUCUGUAUUUGGUCAACUUAGUCAUCUAUCAUUAAAAAUAGUAGCGUUUCUAAUAAUUCCUACUCCAUUGGUUGUAUCAGGUGACAUUAUUCAACAAUUAUGUAUUGACCGUCUCAAACCAUUGGCAACCUAUAAUCUUAAUAUAGAAUUGGAUGUCAAAGAUGAUUUGAAGCACAAAAUAAUUUACAACUCAUUUUUAGAUGCUCCAUUCACUAAUCGACAGCGCCCGAGAGUGUUUAUUCAAGAACGUGGAAAUUUUGAUCUCGGUGAUAAUUAUUAUUGUUUUACAGUAUUCACUUCACCAUGUACAGACAGAAUACUUCCAACAUAUUUUUUUUCGAGAGCUCUGCAACAAUCUUGCCAAAUGCCAAUUAAUGGAGCACUUUUGUUUCCACGCGCUAGUGCGCUAUUAUUGACUGGCCACAGAGAAGAGACUUGCGUUUCAGAGCUCGGCAACUUUAGAAGUUCUAUAUCAUCAUUAGUUCCAUGGUCAUUAUUAAGAAAAACUUCAAUCGAUGAAGGUGAUGUUGUUACUACAGCUGAACUAGAAUCAAUAUUACGGAUGGCUUAUAAUGUUCAUACAUUAGAAGUAUUGGAGGAUAGUGGAUUUUUUGCUCAUGCUAUAUUGCAUAAUAUUGACAAUCUCGGUACUCUUGUCAAUCAACAAGUACAAACUCUUAUACUGAACGAUAGGACAUUGACAUUCAAAAAUACUGAAGAAUUUUGCAUAUUAGUGUCGAAUCAAUUACCUAAUUUGAAAAACGUUUCGUUUAAUAUUAAUGAUUCAUAUGAUGGAUGGAGUUGGAGACCGUCGCGUAUUGUUGAUGGUGAAAACAAAUCUACAAAACUUGUUCUUAAUGUUAUAUAUUCCCUUGUUGAUCAUUUGCAACAACUUGUUUCUCUCCAUAUGUACUUAGUCAAUUUCGGUCGCUAUGAUACACCUUGUUUUCCACAUGUAAUCCGACAACAACUACGUCAAAAUCCACUUAAUCGAUUAUAUCGACUACGAUGUUCUGCCGAAUCUAUUCAAGUCUGGCUUUAG